AUGACGAUACCUCACUACACUACACAAGCGUUGAGACAACACAAGGCAAAACUGCAGUAUACAGCACAACACAACACUGCACUCCACAAGACAACAUUACACAACACAAGACACAGCACCUCACUACACAACACAACUCUCCGCUACACUGCACAAGACAACACUACACAACACAACACUACACUACACUCCACAACACAAGACAACACAACACUACGCUACACUACACUACACAACACAAGACAAGACAACACUACACAACACAACACUACACUACACUCCACAACACAAGACAACGCAACACUACGCUACACUACACUACACAACACAAGACAACACAACACAACACUGCACUACACAAGACUACACUACACUACACAACACAACUCUCCGCUACACUGCACAAGACAACACAACACAACACUACACUACACUACACAACACAAGACAACACAACCCUACGCUACACUACACAACACAAGACUACACUACACAGCACAAGACAACACAACACUACACUACACUACACAACACAAGACAACACUACACAACACAACACUACACUACACAAGACUACACUACACAGCACAAGACAACACUACACUACACAAGACUACACUACACAACACAACUCUCCGCUACACACACAAGACAGCAAUACACUACACUACACAAGAAAACACUACACUACACAACACAACACAACUCUCCGCUACACUGCACAAGACAACACAACACAACACUACACUACACUACACUCCACAACACAAGACAACACAACACUACACAACACUACACAACACAAGACAACACUACACAACACAACACUACACUACACAAGACUACACUACACAGCACAAGACAACACAACACUACACUACACAAGACUACACUACACUACACAACUCUCCGCUACACACACAAGACAGCAAUACACUACACUACACAAGAAAACACUACACUACACAACACAACACUACACUCCACAACACAAGACAACACAACACUACGCUACACAACACUACACUACACAAGACUACACUACACUACACAACACAACUCUCCGCUACACUGCACAAUUGAAUCACAGUUGAAUCUAAUCUAAUCUAACAAGACAACAUUACACUACGCUACACAACAUUACACUACACAAGACUACACUAAACUACACAACAAAAAAUAGUUAAAUAAAUCUUCGCCAUAUCAUCAGUUAUACGUUGUGUUUAUUAGAACUGGUUUAUAUGGAGCGUCCAUCGUACACGUCCCUGUGAAUGAGCUGUUACUAUAGAAACCAUAACGUACUAGAAGGAGAGUCUUAAUAUUAAUAUAAACCUGGGAUUUGGAGCUGCUGACCAAUCAGAAUGCAGAACACUUCAUUGUGAUCUUUUAACGUUAUAAAGUGCUGUACUGUAAAUAUUAUUAUUAUUAUUAUUAUUAUUAUUAUUUAUUAGUACUGUUUAGUAUGAAUCAGGUUAAUUAGACUUUUUAAGGAGUGGGGAAGAAGUAGAGAGAUUUCGUGCACUUCGGUUUGCCCUUUUUUGGGGAACGUCCAGCGAUUUUUCCGAGGUGAUGAGGGAAAAAUGUAGAGCGCUCCCAGAGCUGUGUUUAAUAUGCAUACUGCACAUUUCACUCCGACCUCGUUACACAUUUUUGAAAUGUUUACUUCCAGAUUAUAAAAAGAUUUGCUGCGUCCCACCAGCGAUGUUUGCGAUUUUGUUCAGGAAAAUGGGGCGAAUGUGUAACCCUUUCCACUUCCAGCUGAUGAUUUAUAGCAGUGAAUAAUAAGCUGGGAGGUGAAGUUAAAGGGUUAAAGAAUGUCCAGGCUAAACGGAUUUCUCAUUAAAUCGAACAAUAGCACGGAUCCAUUAACGAAAUGAUUUCUUAUCCGUAAUCGCAAGAAUGCACGGAGGCAGCUGGAUCCUUGACGACGCCGUUGCCCUGGGAGAGAGGAAAGCCUGCGAGCUUUGCGUAAUCAUGACCUUAGAGGAAAUGAAAGAGGCCUGGAUCGUCCAGAGCUCUGCGCUCGGCGCGUUUUUCAUUUCCAGAGGAACAAAAGAGCAUCAGCUCGAGGUGUCGGGUUUCUAUUGUGACGGGACACACCUUAGCUCACCUCACAGGCUGCAAAACAAAAGCCCGUUUGCCUUGGUUUGCAUCUACAGAACAAAUACAAUUAGACUUGUUGUUGUGAUUCGACGAACGUCAGAUAAAAUUGAUGUCUUCGUUACUCUGUACUGAGCUCUGAUCCUCUUCAAUUCAACACCACCCACAGAAAAAAAGUUACUGUCUGCCCUUUUCUGAGACGAGCUCAGGACAGACCUGCUGGGAUCAAAGCAGUGAAAGAUUUCAGCUCAGGAUGUCCUCAGAGAUCCCAUUAUAUUCUUCCCUUUCACACACGGAGGCAGAAAUACACCCAGUGUGUGACGGGGAAUCGGAUCAGACGCUCCAUUCUUACGUAUCAUGGAAAAUUACACGCACACAGUUCGGGUUACAUCAUAUUUUCACAACGUCCUGUGACUUUCCUUAGAUACUUAUAUAUCGUAUAAAUACCUAUGUGACUGUAGCAAAGGGUGUAAUAAUAAUAAUAAAUAAAAUAAUAACAAGAGUAAUAAUGGAAGAGAAGAUUUAAAAAAAAAUCAAAGAAAAAAAGAAAGAAGAGUAAAAAUAUGUUAAAAGAAAUUAUUACUUUAAUCUCAGCAGUAACAUUCAAAAAGCCUGAGCUCCUUUUUUUGCUUGAUUUUAAUUUAAUUUCUUCUAUUUUAUUUUCUCUUUUUUUCUUCUCUUUUUCCUCUCCCUGUCUUCAGAGUGGCCUUAGAUCUUCUGGAUGCUGAUUUUUAUUGAUGUAGAUCAGUGUUUAGGUGAAAUGAGUUAACCUUAAAAUUGUUUGUUUGUUUUGUUUGUUUUGUUUUAAAGAUACAGUGCUUCUGUAUAAAACUGAUUUGGGGGCGGGGCUACGUACAAGCUCAGUUAGUGAUGUCACUAAAUAAACGGACCAGUCAUAUCCGAGAUCGCAUCCUAGACACAGAACCUGCGUGCUAAGCUAGCGCUAACCCAGCUCAUGUUUUGGUUGUUAUGGUAACGUAUUAAGCGAUUUUUAACAGGAUAUACUCACUGAGAAAAACGGAUGAUGAUGCAAAUGAGGACUCGGAUACAGAAUUCCCACAGCAGUGCUGAAUGCUGGAUUGUGAUUGGUCGGAAGGUGUUGAUUAAUUUUCUAUAACAGCAGCUCUGAAGGAGUCUCCAGUGUCAGUGCUUUGUAACAGUCAGAGGAGAGAGAAAAGAGAGAAG